AUGGCCACGAUCGGCAAAACGCUUCAGCGGCGUCGAGGGUCGAACCCGGUAGACCGCACGUGGAUGGCAGCGUGCAUGAGUGGAAUUUUGUUGUUUUGCAGCGGGGAGCUCGUUGCAGCUGAGCUUAGUGAAGGUCUUCAACACCGGCUUUUGGCAACUGGGUUCACGACUGUUGCGCCCACAUUCCAGGAUGCGGUCUCCACUUGCGAUUUAACAACCGAAGGAGAAGUUGGCGCCGCCGGGGCAGCUGCUGCCUCGCUGACGCUGUCACAAUCAAGUCUCACCGCUACGUUGGUAUGUAAGGCAGAAACGAUCACGAUGAUACCAGCAACCCUGCUAAAUAUUUGUGAUCCCAAACAAAACGCGGACCCAGGAAAAUGCGUCUUUGACAGCAGCAACUCGGCCGGCAAAGAAGUCAAGCUGAAAGACUUGCUCGGAACAGACCGCGAGGUUAAAUGGAAACAGAUCCAAGACCAAGCGAGGGGCGAUCCCCAGACACAAACAUGGACAUUGCAGCUGGAGGAUCCAGACCUUCCUUUGUCUGACAAGAGCUUUCUUGUUGGGUGUCAAGACUCCACUUCCUUUCUGAAGACCAAAGGCACGAAGGUGUGCAAGGUCCCGGUGAAUGUCGAAGCAAGAGCUUCUUCUGUUGGGGAUAGGAACGUCGUCACCUGCGCGUACGGCAAAAACAGCAACCCAGUGCCCCUGAAGGUUGAGAUGACAACAGAAAACAACACCCUCACUCUUCAGUGUGGUUCCGAGGGUAUUCUUCAUCCGACUACAUAUGCAACUCACUAUUGCGACCCUGAGGCCGCAAACUUUCAGGAGUGCAACGAAAAGGAUUAUACAGGUAUUCUUCCCAGCUUUGUGGAGAGCUGGUGGACAAAUGUGAACGACGGGAAGACUUCCGCUACGCUGACAAUCCCAGAGACGGAGUUUCCGGAAUCAGACCAGCAAUUCCGUUUGGGUUGUGUUCCCAACACGACAAACUCCGCGGCAUCCGCUCCUGCAGGGAAGUCUAGGAGUGACGGCUCACAGACGGUUGUGGCUAGGUCGCACUGCAAUGUGAUUGUGACUGUCAGGUCAGGAAGCUCUGCGUCGUCAACUGGUCAAAUGGUAGCUACAGUCUCGGGCACGGCCGCUUUGAUCGGGCUCCUCGCAGGCUCUUUGUAA